AGAGGGAAAGGGUAAAGAUCGUGCCUAAAAUCAAAGCUUGGGCAGCAACGGAAGUACGGAGGCUGCUCGGUACCCGGGUAUCCUAUCGGCGGAGCGAGGUGUGCUAGACAGACGACUACUAAAUAACAAGAGCAAUUUGCCGGAGAGAGCAGACCAGAACGCAUGCAUCACGUACAUAUUUAGUUAGUCAGCACAUCACGUUCAUAUUUUUAUUCCUUGACGACGUCGUCCUCGAUGACUCAACGGAAGUUCUGUGUGAAUUAAUUAGCGAGACGACGACAAUAACCAUACGUUGAUAAGCUCCUAACUGUUUGAAAGAUUUUAUCCACGCGAAAUAAUUAACAACCGAAAGUGACCAAUUACGUAAUCGCACACGGUACAAGAUCGUUCCAGUAGCGACAAGGUGAUUUCGGCUGGUCAGGGAUCGGGAGACCAUUUCUUUCUACGAAGAUAUGACUGCAAACCGAUCAUCGUCACCAGCCAUCCUUUGGCCGUAUGACAAUCCUCGCACCUUCCAUCCAUUCCGCUUCGAGAGCGUGGACGACGCGUGGUGGAAGCAAUUCAUGGCUGACCACACCAACCUUCCCUUCGUCAUUUCCGUCGUCUACCUCAUCACGAUUUUUGGGGGACAACGCCUCAUGCGCCAGCGUGAACCCUUCCGUCUCAACCAUAUCCUAGCCGGAUGGAAUCUCGUCCUCGGAGCCUUCAGCAUCUUUGGAGGCUUCCGAAUUGGCCAAGAGUUAUUUCAUGUCGUCCGUUUGAAUGGGUUCUAUCGGAGCGUGUGCAUCAGGGAAGGUUACAACGAGCCGACAGCUUUUUGGGGGCUGUUAUUUGUGCUUUCAAAAUUUGUCGAAUUGGGGGAUACCAUUUUCAUCGUUUUGAGGAAGCAGCCCCUCAUUUUACUCCAAUGGUGGCAUCAUUCUAUCACACUCAUCUUCGUCUGGAAGGUAUUUCCCUACUCAGAACCCAUCCAAAGGUUUUACGGAGUGAUGAACUUUGCUGUGCAUGGACUAAUGUACAACUACUUUGCAUUGCGGGCAAUGAAGGUGCGUGUUCCCAAACUGAUGGCUUUGAGUCUGACAUCUCUGCAGUUUGCGCAAAUGCUGGUUGGGAUUCUGGUGAACGUGUAUUCCGUGCAUGUCAUGAGAGCUGGUCAGUUUUGUGCUCGGACUCCGCACACUCUGAAAUGGAGUUUAGGAGUGUAUGCGUCGUUUGCUGUUUUAUUCGCCGAGUUCUUGUUUAGCCGUUACUUUGUAAAAUCGAAAGGAAAAAAGACUGAUUAACCGCAAGCGUGAUACAUAAAGUAUACUACGUGCAGCAUUUUAGUUGCUUUUAUAUGCAUAAACUUUAAAGUGUCUGCCUGCAGAAGAUUUCCAAUAUUGAAAUAAAUCUAUUAAUAACGCUUAA